AGGAUCAUAGAUUCGUCUCAACAUCAUAUCUCAUUCCUCAUCUCAGAAUCUUGUUCUGUCACUCACUUUCUCACUCACAUAUUUGCUCUUACUUAAUAUCAUCAUGGGCUUCACACCAGAGGUUUUCGAUAUUGCCAAUGAGUCUCAGACGGCCGAGACGGCCAAGAAGUACGGACUUACCCCAGCCGAGGUGACUGAGCUUCACCAAAAGGCGACGGCAGCAAAGGCCACAGCAUACUGCCCUUACAGCCAAUUCCGCGUGGGAGCGACGCUCUUGUCUAAAGACGGACAGUACACAUCUGGAGCAAACGUCGAGAAUGCCUCUUAUCCGGUUGGCACAUGUGCUGAGCGAGUAGCCUUUGGCAAGGCCAUCACGGAGGGCAUUCGGGGGUUCAAGGCUGUCGCGGUAGCCACUGAUAUUGAGGCGCCGUGUAGUCCAUGUGGCAUGUGCCGGCAGUUCAUCCGUGAGUUCGUGGACCUGGAAACGCCCAUCCUUAUGUUCAACAAGGACGGAAAGUAUGCAGUCAUGAGACUGGAAGCCCUUCUGCCGCUUUCAUUUGGCCCUGAGUACCUUCCACCCCCAGACGUUCUGGAGAAGGCCCGGGCUGGCGGAAUCUAGGCUGUUGAACGAUUCGUCGUCGUGCUGGACAAGUAGAUGAGAACCUACUAGCUCAUGCGCUCAUCAGCGACAACAGUGUGGAAAGAGCUCUUUGCUGUAGUGACGAUAUGUUUACACGGCCUCUCGUGGUAUGGGGAUGAUUUG